GGCAAGCGAACGAAUUAUUUUGUUGAAGGUCGACACUGAUCAUGCAUCAAUCUACGCAUACUAGAAAUUGUUUCUGUACUAGCACGACGAGAAUCAUCAAGCGAUUUCAAGACCAGAGGAACAAUUUUUCUCGUGGUCACGACGAUUUCUGUCGAUUGAGUAAAAGUUUGAACAAGGUCUACUUCUAGGGACGACUAACAAAAACACCGACAUCAACGAAAUGUCCUCCUCCGAGCAGCAAGACAGUUCCUCUCGGCGUGACGACCGUAGAGCCCGGUCCAGAUCUCGGUCCCCCCGGGUGGGGAGUAAGUCGAGCAGCAACGCCUUAGACAAGCGAGAAAACAACCGUCCGCAGCAUUCGCUCUCCACCACGGCCAACAGCAAAUACGACACUUCGAACUUUUACGUCCGCUACUACGUCGGCCACCGCGGGAAAUUCGGGCAUGAGUUUUUGGAAUUUGAACUGCGCAGCAACGGCCGGCUGCGCUACGCGAACAACAGCAACUACAAGAACGACACCAUGAUUCGGAAGGAAGCGCAUGUCACGAAGGCGGUGAUUGUAUCAUAUGUACAUAGGUCCCCACCCCAGAGUCAACAAUGAUUGGGAACUUAGCAACACAAACCCAGAAGUUUUGGGAGCCACGCAUGACAAGUUGCGGUCCAUAGUGUGCUAGUGCAUGGAAGUAAAAAUGUGACAACCGCAUCAGAAAUGCAUCUGCUUAUCCUGUUUAGAGCAUUGCAAAUUCCAUCAAAACGUGAUUGGAAAUGCCUCGUCUCAUGGAGAGGCGCAUUACAAAUGUUCCUGUAACGUCAAAUCUGCAUGACAACCAUGGGGUGGGGACGUUGUUACUCAGGAUAGAUUGAAACUCUGCUGAAAAUCGUGGUCGACUCGGAUAUUUUGACCUGCGACGAUGACAAAUGGCCGGAACCGGACCGGGUGGGGCGACAGGAGCUGGAGAUUAUUCACGGCCGCGAUCACAUCUCCUUCACCACCAGUAAAAUCGGGUAUGACAGUGCACAACUUCCCCUCCGUCUCAUUUGUAUAGCUUGAACGGCAAUACAAGCGCCAGCGAGAACGCAGGUUUUGCAUGGAAAAUUUGCACAGGAUUAUAGUGCUGUUUCAGUUUCCAGAACUUGUCAUGCAAACAGUGCCAAGAGGCACAGCCUUGGUUGGGCAUUUCACAUGACAAAUGAGAGGGAGGGAGGGGGUUGUGCACUGUUAUAUCGGGAAGAUCAAGGAAGUCCACGAGUCGAACGACAAGGACGGGCUGGAGAAGUUUUACUACCUCGUGCAGGACUUGAAGUGCUUCGUUUUUUCCUUGAUGUCUUUGCACUUCCGCAUUAACCCGGUGUCGAAGGCGGUCUGAUGCAGGAGCUCUACUUGAGGCGAUUUAAAUACAAUCCGACGAGAGAAAGGACCACUUGUAGUAUUUGGACUUACAACCACCACGGAGGUAGAGGUUUGAUCGGAAGAGGUGUUGUGUUGACGGUGUUGUUGAGCUAGAAGAGAACAAAGAUGAUGUUGCCGCUUUCAACAUCUAAACGACACGCAGACCAAGAACCGCGCAACAUCAGCAGGAGCCAAAAAUUAGCUGCAGGUUUGCCAACUGGGAGGUGGCCAAGGAUUAAUACGGUCGCUUGCUUUAUUACCAAUAAAACUGAAGCAGGGAAGACUCUUCAGCAUCUGCUUCUGUCGUGGCGGCCCUUCUAUCAUGUCACCGUGCUAGAACUCACUGUCACUUUCGAACCACACUACUAGAAGUACAUCUCCUCGCGAUCGCCCCUGUUUUGAUGCUUUCCAGAAAAAAGUAUG